AAGUUAUGAAAAAGAGUAGCGUCUACAUGAAUGGUUCUGAAUUGUGUAUUGUCAACUGGUAAUUGAAUAGUAAAAGGUCAUUUGAAAUUGUAUUAUUUGAGUGAAAAAGGCGAUAUGGAAGGUAGUUCUGUUGACCCCAUAGAAGGAAGCUCCCAAGCAAAAAUUCUGUCUUCCAAAGAAAUGGCAUUAACUGGCGUCACCAAUGCCAAAUUUAGGUGGUCUAAAAUAUUUGAUACGAAUAAUACAGAUGUUAAGUUGUACCCAUCUUACAAAACGCAAGACGCAAUUAUAUUAAAAUGGGUUCCAACACAGUGUGCCUAUUUCUCCAGUGAAAAGGUAAUCCCAUGUGGAGAUCAUAGUGGAGAAUUUGUAAUUAAUGGGAAAGUGUAUCCACUAGAAGUAUUCCAAGUACGAAAUUUCAAUUUUGAGAUCGAUCUAUUCAUUAACGAAGAUUGUAUUGAAGAUACAGAAGAUUCAUCUGAAAAUCAAAAAGUAAAAACUAUAGAAAUAAAUGAAACAACAAACGGCGAGGAAGGAAAAAUGAAUGAUCCAAGUCAACAGUAUACUUCUAAAUAUAAAGACUUUAAUCGAAAAAAAGCAGCUGAAAAUGAAUCUUUUCAGAUUGAUGAUGGUAUCACCAAAACAAAUUACACAACCACAUCAGAAACUACUGAACUGCCAGCUGACUUUGUAAAAGAUCGGAAAGUUACAGAAAAAAAUAUCUACACUACUUACGCAAAUAAUCAACCACCAGCAUCUUUACAACAACCUCUACAGCCACCUAAGCAAAGAAAUCUUUUUAAAUUAUUAUACGGCAAUCAAGUGGGAAACUAUGAUAAAUACAAUUUAGAUGACAGAGAAAGUCAAAAACAUGAACCGACAGUAGUGAAACGGAGCUCACCCACAGGAGAAGCACCAUUAGAACUGGUCAACAAAGACUUAAACAUAGAGAUCUCAGGUUCUGGUGCUAAGCCAUUGGAAAAACCUCAAUAUGAAGAACCUACUUCAGAUAAAGCUAAAAGUAGUAAUAGUAAAUUGGGUGAGAUUAACUAUCCUGAAACACAGACAACUAAAGAAACCAGUGAAAGAACUUACACCCCGUAUCGCAGUCCUUAUAUAUCUCAAAGAACAACAGUGAUUGAUAGCAGAUUAUCAGAUGUGAGUAUGGCCAAUAGUUAG